AUUUUUAUUAUUAUUAUUGAUCAUAUUGUAACAUGAAAAAGACUGAUCAUAAGUGUUAAAUAUCAUUUGGAUUAUUAUUUAAUUUCUAUAAUUUUCAGGCUAGGUUACACAAACAUGUUUUUGUGUGUUUAACAUUGAUAAACAAAAAGAAAAAUAAAAACACAAAAUUCCGGCUAAUGUAAGGAUUGUUAAAUUAAUAAAUCAAUACAUUGUUUAAACACGUAAUUAAUAUUGUUUAUUGUUUAUUUAUAAAGUGAUUUUUUAUAUUUUAAUUUUAUUAUUUAUAAACAAACUCACAUAAAAAGUUGUUCAACGUAACCUAAAAACAACAAUUUUGAUUAACCGGUGUGUCAAGGCAAAUAAAAUAUGGCUAGAAAAUUAACAAGUGCAGAUAAGAUCAAGUCCUUGAUAGCUGUGACAGCGAGUGGAUUGUCAUUGUUUGCAGGUAUAAAGCAGCUUUAUCAGUGCAAGUCAAUAAAAUUAGGUUUUUCACCAACUCAAAAAACUACUGAUUCCAUGACAUUAAAUACAAAUAUUUUUGGAUUAAAAUUUAAUAAUCCACUUGGUAUGGCAGCUGGUUUUGAUAAACAAGCUGAAGCUGUUGAUGGCCUUAGUAAAAUGGGAUUUGGAUUUGUUGAAAUUGGAUCUGUUACUCCAGAACCACAACCAGGUAAUCCAAAACCUCGAGUAUUUCGUUUAGUUCAAGACAAUGCAGUUAUAAAUAGAUAUGGUUUUAAUAGUGAUGGACAUGAAGCUGUUUAUCAACGUUUAAUAGAUCUUAAAAAAAAUAAAGAAUUUCAAGGAAUUGUUGGUGUUAAUUUGGGUAAAAAUAAAACAUCUGAUGAUCCAAUAAAAGAUUAUGCUGAUGGAAUUAAAAAAUUUAGUGAUAUUGCUGAUUAUUUUGUAAUAAAUAUAUCAAGUCCAAAUACAGCUGGUCUUAGAAAUUUACAAAAUAAAAAAAAUCUUGAAGAAUUACUGAGUGCAUUAAAUAAUGUGAGAGAUUCAAUGACAAUAAAACCACCACUUUUACUUAAAUUAGCACCAGAUUUAACAAAUGAUGAAAAACAAGAUAUUGCUGAUGUUAUACAGAAAAAAAAAUCAAAAGUUGAUGGUUUAAUAUUAUCAAAUACAACAGUAACACGUAAUAAUUUAAUUGAUGUACAAAAAAAUGAAACUGGUGGACUCAGUGGUGCACCAUUGACUGAUAUGUCAACACAUUUAAUAAGUGACAUGUAUCAAAGAACUCAAGGUAAAAUUCCAAUAAUUGGUGUUGGUGGUAUAUUUACAGGCAAAGAUGCAUAUGAUAAAAUUGCUGCUGGUGCAUCAUUAGUACAAAUUUAUACAUCUUAUAUUUAUCAUGGACCACCAAUUGUUAAUAAAAUUAAAAAUGAGCUAAAUGAUUUGAUUGUGUCAAAUGGAUAUUCAUCAGUUAAUGAUGUUGUUGGUAAAGCAAUAAACAAAUAAUUAUUGUUUUACAAAAAUGGAUUAAAUGUUAAUUUUAAACAUUUAUUUUUUCGUUGAGACAUAUCAUUUUUUUUUUUUAGAUAAUUAUAAUUUACAAAUCAAAUAAUAUUAACAUAAUUUCUUAAUGAGGUCAUUCAGUUACUAUUUAAUGGUUGUGUUAAUAUAUUAUUUAAAUUAACAUUUUCUAAAUAACAAAACAGCAUUAAAAAAUAAAACAAAUCUACUGUUAAUUUUUUUAACUAGUUUUUAAUUAUUUUUACUUGUAAAUAUUUUAUUUAUUAAGUAAAAGUAACAAAAUAUAAUGUUGUUAUGUUUGCAAAUAUAAUGAGAGAGUUACACUGUAUCAAGUAUCAACAAUAAAUGUAUUUACUUUUUUAAUUUUUGUAAAAAUAAAAACUUAAAUUUCAUUGAUUUUACAAAUAAAAUACGAUUUUACAAAUAAAA